AUGGGUCGGUGCUCCUUGUCCCCAAAUGAAAACGAGGCUACUCCUUCAGCGUUUUCCCACCUCUGCACUCACCAUCCAACCAUCCACAUGAUUGAUGGAGCAUCUCAGUCUUCUGAUAUCUAUCUAUCUAUCUAUCUAUCUAUCUAUCUAUCUCUAUCCAUCUAUCUCAGUCUGUUCAUAUCUAUCUAUCUAUCCAUCUAUCCAUCUAUCCAUCUAUCUAUCUAUCUCUAUCUCUGUCUAUUCAUAUCCAUCCAUCCAUCUAUCUAUCUAUCCAUCUCAGUCCAUUCAUCAUCCAUCCAUCCAUCUAUCCAUCCCAUCUAUCUAUCUCAGUCUAUUCAUAUCUAUCUAUCUAUCCAUCCAUCCAUCUAUCUCUAUUCACAUCCAUCUAUCUAUCUAUCUAUCUCAGUCUAUUCACAUAUCUAUCCAUCUAUCUAUCUAUCUAUCUAUCUAUCUAUCUAUCUCAGUCUGUUCACAUCCAUCCAUCCAUCUAUCUAUCUAUCCAUCCAUCCAUCCAUCCAUCCAUCCAUCCAUCUCCAUCCAUAUCUCCAUCUAUCCAUUCCAUCCAUCCAUCCAUCCCUGUCUGUUCAUCCAUCUAUCUAUCCCCAUCUCAUAUCCAUCCAUCAUUCUAUCCAUGGUAUCUAUCCAAUCUAUCCCAAUCUGUUGCAUCUAUCUAUCUAUCAAUCUAUAAUCUAUCUAUCCAUUCUAAUCAUCUAUCUAUCUUUUGGUCUAUUCAUAUCAUUUCUAUCUAUCUAUCCCAGUCUGUUCAUAUCUAUUCAUCUAUCUAUCUAUCUAUCUAUCUAUCGCUAUCUCAGUCUGUUCAUAUUUUCUAUCUAUCUAUCUAUCUAUCUAUCUAUCUAUCUCAGUCUGCAUAUCUAUCUAUCUAUCUAUCUAUCUAUCUAUCUAUCUAUCUAUCUAUCUUUCUCCGUCUGUUCAUAUCUAUCUAUCUCUGAUCAUUAUCUAUCUAUCUAUCUAUCUAUCUAUCUAUCUAUCUAUCUAUCUAUCUAUAACAGUCUGUUUGUCUGGCUCACUAUGUGUAUCUAUCUAUCUAUCUAUCUAUCUAUCUAUCUAUCUAUACAUUUCGCGGAAAUAAGUUUUGGGUUUCUUUCUAUCUUUCCUUCUUUCUUUCUUUCUUUCUUUCUUUCUUUCUUUCUUUAUCCUAACGAUUUUCCUCCAUUAUCUUCCUUAUUUUUUUUCUUUUUCCUUCUUUCUUUCGUUCCGUCCUUUCCUCCUUCCUUCGUGCCUUCGUUCUUUCUUUUCCUUUUCCUCCAUUAUCCUCCUUACGUUCUUUCGUUCUUUCUUUCUUUUCUUUUCUUUCUUUCUUUCUUUCUUUCUUUCUUUCUCCUAAAGCUUUUCCUCCAUUAUCCUCCUUACAUUCUUUCUUUCUUUCUUUCCUUCUUUCCUUUUUCUUUCUUUCUUUCUUUCUUUCUUUCUUUCUUUCUUUCUUUCUUUCUUUCUUUCUUUCUCCUAAAGCUUUUCCUCCAUUAUCCUCCUUACGUUCUUUCUUUCUUUCUUUUCUUUUCUUUCUUUCUUUCUUUCUUUCUUUUCUUUCUUUCUUUCUUUCUUUCUUUCUUUCUUUCUUUCUUUCUUUCUUUCUUCUAA